ACUCGUUGUAAGUUGAAAGUAAUGGAUAAUAUGGCUAAAGUCUAAAUACAUGAAAUUAACUUAGGGAUCCUAAUGAGGUUUAGGUAUUAUUAUCGAUGAAACAAUUUAACUUGCCUUAAACAUGCUAUCAAAUACUUGUAAAUAAGUACAUAACACUAUUUUGGUUUUCCCAUUUGUCACAAAUUACAUUCAUUAUGAUGAUAAUUACCGGUAAUUCGGUAAUUAAUCAAAAUAAAAUUGUACUUAAAAAAAAACAAAAAAACAUUCAAUUCAAUGACAACAUUGACAUUGACACUACUAAAUGUCACUGUCAAUACUUUUACGUUUUAAUACACUACUUUUUUUUUUUACUAACAAUAACUGUUCAAUAUCAACAUAAUCAUAUAGUUGACAUUGGUCAUAUUCAUAUGUAGGCAUAGGCUAUAGCUAUACCGUACGUAAUUAUAAUUAAUAAUACUUUUUACUAUUUAGAAAAUUGGCACUAUCUUAUUCACUCCACAGUACAGUCACGCUGCCUUGACGUUGCCAUUAUUGCUCUUUGACAUCAAACAAAAAGUUUGUAUAGAUUUUUCAACAUGUGAAUCAUGUUCAUGUGAUAUUAUUUAGAGACUAGUUGUUCAAAUACUUGUUUAGAUUAGAAUGGGUGGGCGAGGUCAAUAUUUUUACAAAGCUGUUUUUAAAUGAAUAAUUAUGUCAUGUUUCUUUUUGAUAACUUUUAUGUGAAGCGCUGUGAGACUAGCCUUAGGCUUAGGUACCACGCUAUAUUAUUUUAAGAUCACUUUAAUGACUUUAAUAAUAAUUAUAAAAUGCCAUAACAUUGCUCUAACACUUGUCUUAUCCUUAAAAUCUAAGUACUCUAAUCUUACAUAUUCUUUCCCAGGUAUUGAAACUUAUUUAAGAGGUGAUACACAGGAAUGCAAUCCUUGGAUGUAAAUCUGCUGACAACUUGACCUUGACAUUCUUUGAUAUGGCUAGGCACAGUAAAGUUCAAAUACAAGUUCUCAGCCUUUAUAAACAGUUCCUCAAAGUCACGAAGGACAAACCAAGUUUCCAAGAUUAUAUUAAAAAAGAGUUUCGUAAAAAUGCUGAAUUGCCCAAGACUGAUGUCAUCAAAAUUGAAUAUUUAUUGAGGAGAGGCUGGAGACAAUUAGAUAUGCUCAAGACAAGCAGAGUAUCAAAUGCUGGUGUCUUUGAAAAAGAAGAACCCAAUCUAAAGCAACAAGACAGUAAAUAGUGAUUGAAAUUACUCUUUAUUAUUAUUAAGCAUUAUAAACAUUUAUGAAAUGGGUUUGCUAAAUUUUUAUAGAAAGGUGCUUUGGUCGAGUCCUAUUGGGUCAUACUCUGCUAUCACGUAUGUGCUAAAGCAGGUAUCUCACAGCCCUCAUUCUGAAACCUUGACCAGAUGCAUAAGCUCAUGCCGUGUCUUGAGUUCACCUAAGCUCCAUGAUAUUUCUUGUAAUAACAAGUCUGCUCAAUUAAGACAUGUGCAUGUAUCGAAACUUUUGACUUUGAACAUUCAACCACAAACUGAGCACAAGACUGUUAAUGAGCGGCCUGCACUAAGAAAACCCAAUGAAAGUCAUUCUUUGAAAGAGCUGAGCCCAUUUGCAGAGAAAAUCCCACAAAAACAACUAUAUAAUAAUAUAGUAGAGGAUUUCCCUGAGGGCAUACAGAUGGCAUUUGCUUAUGGUUCUGGUGUUUUCCAGCAACAUAACAGCUUAGAGAAGACUAGGAACAUGCUUGAUUUUAUAUUUGUAGUUGACAAACCAAAGAAAUGGCAUAGUCAAAACUUGGAGAAGCAUUCGCACCAUUACUCAUUCCUGAAAAAAUUUGGACCGCACACUAUAGCCAGGAUUCAGGAAAGGUUGGUUUAUGAAUUAGUUUAAUAGCCUUCAAUUUUAGAGAGUAAUGUUAUUUAUAAAAAUCUUUUCUUUUUUUCAUUUAGUGAUAUCCGAAUAUUCUGACAACUAAAUCAAAAUAUUUUAAUAUUUUCUUUUAGGGUACCUUCAAAUAAUAAAUCUGGCUUGACAAAAUAAUUUCUUAUAAAAUAAGAUUUUAAAAUAUGAUCGAAAGGGUAAUCUGAUACUUAACAGUAUUUUUUAUUGACAGUUUUCACUUUUGUAUGCCUUAAUCACCCAUUUUUAACUGUAGCCAUAACAUUUCAAUUACAGAUAUGGUGCUGGCAUUUACUUUAAUACCUUAGUGCCUAUGCAAGGCCGCUUGAUCAAGUAUGGCGUCAUCAGUACAGCAAGGCUCAUCACUGAUCUACUGGACUGGGAGUCACUCUAUAUUAGUGGUCGAUUGCACAAACCUAUCAGCUUAAUUAUUCUUCCCACAAAUGAGGAUCUUAUAACAGCUAUGAAAGUGGGUUGUUUGUUGUGCAUUGUUGCAAAGUGGUGGUUGACCAGGGUUUCUUUAAAGCCAACUGUACUGCAUCACAAAGUUGUCUAUAUCCUGGCUCAUUUGAACAUAUUCAAAACACAAAAUUGUAAAUUUGGUCUUUUUGUCCAACUCUUCAUAAUCAAGGGAUUUAUUCAUGAGGCCAUUGAGUUUUACUCUUACAUAUUAUUUUGUCUGUAGUUGUUUACUUCACUUGUUUCCACUGUAAAUUAAACAGAUCUAGCAAUAGUAUAUUUAUCACAGACACGGUGGAUUAAGUGAAAUCUUUCAAUUACUUGGUGGUAUUAUCACUUCUACUAAUAUCAUGCUGACUAGCUCUAAAUAUUUUGCAUUGAAUUAAUCUAAGUUUUAACCCAAAGUUCCCAAAUUUUCUCAUUUGACACAGGUGAACCUGAGAAGUGCAGUCCAUGCAGCACUGCUGCUUCUGCCAGAUAUGUUCACCGAAGAACAAUUAUACACAACCAUUACAAGUCUUUCAUAUGCUGGAGAUUUUAGAAUGGGAAUAGCUGAAGAUAACAAUAAGGUUCAUUUGGCUAGCUAUUCUCGUUUAUGAGAUAUCACUUGUGGUUGUUGUUUUUUUUAUGUACCAGUAUGUCAAAUAGUUUGCGUUUGUAAAAACUUAUAAAAUAGGAAAAUACUCUAAAAAACACUUUUUUUUUUUAUUAAGCCCUCAAAAUUUAGCGGGCUUAACUGAAGAAAAUUGUCCUAGCCCUUGCUUUACCUGGAUUGACUUGCCCUUGAGACUAUCUAUCCUUGACCUGCUUGCCUGAAGUACUUUAAAGUUGUGUAUGUUAAUAUUAUCCUAGUUUAAAAUUGUUAAGUGAAUCAGAUUGUUUGUUUAAACUGUCUAUAUUUUUAUUUAAUAUGCUGAUGAUGAAUCUCUACAACAUCAUCAAAACAAAUUUCCAUUUUUGUAUCAAUCAAAGAAUUGUAUCUUAAAAUACCCCUUACCGUAUUAAGAUGUGUAUGACCAGUCUAACUUGUAGUCAGUUGAUAGUUCUUUUUAAAUGUUGUCUAUGGUCGGUCAUGUGAUUUAAUUUAUUGCUUGUUCAUUUAAAGGUAUCCAACAUUGUGAAGCCAAACCUUCAACUCUUCCGACGAAUGUACGGUCCGAUCCUUAGGGAAGAAGAGCAUGUCACCUGGUGGCAAAACGAGGGUCAGUUUGAGCAGGCCUCAACCUUUCAUUCUAGACAUCACCAUUUAAAAUGUUUGCCUGGUCAAGUGCUUUAUGGCCUUCUGAUGCACAAAUUUCAGGUAAAAUUUCUUUUGCAGGGAUUUCUUCUUAUAGAGCCAUAAUGCACAUUUCCCUGUUGAAGUUUUACUGGUGAUAUCUCAAACCUAAAAUCCAUUUUUUUUUUAAAAACAUGAAUUAGAAAGGAGGCAGGACCUUCUGUAAGUUAUGGGGAUUUUUUAUUAGAUGAUUAAUAAGGCAUUUCAUUAAUACUGUUUUUUUGUGUCCUACAAUCAUUUCAUUAAAAUAUCGUUAAUAGUUAAUAAUAAAUAUCGACAAGCUUUUCAGAGAUUUUUUUCAAAUUUUCACAUUUAUAAUUAGACUAAUGAGACUCACAAAAAUUUUUGUGUAAAAUAAACAAUAUAUGUUAAGCUUUAAUUAUGAUUACAUAAUAGACAAAUUCAAAUGUUUGGCAAGUGCCUUUAUCAGUACAACUAGUACAACAAAAAACAUAAUUAUAAUUUUAAAUUAAAUUUACAUAAAUAUAUGUGUAUUACCUAUACCUAAAAAUGAAAGAAAAGAAUAAAAAUGUGCCCAACUCCCUAACAUACCAGUAAACAAAGAUCAGAAGAACGGAAAGAAAGUUUGUUGAAGUGCAAUAUAAAAUCCAAACAAGAAAAAUAUCUUGCAGCUAUGUAAAAUUGUGAAUUUGGUUUAUACCAUAUGGAGUCAAUGUUCCAAAUCUUUUUUAUUAAUUUAUUUUUUAUAUAAAUUCAAUAUGGUGUAUUACUCGCAUACAAUACACCAGUAACUGCAUCGUCCAAUAUUUCAUUAUGGUUUGCACUGUUGAAAUGUUUCAGGACUUGUUUAAUGAUGUUGUACAGGUGCUCUAUGAAACGGUCUCCGCGGUGAUGACCCUUCUCCACCACCUAUUUAAAUGUUCUUCCAAUUAUUUAUAUACUAAUCCUUUAACUUGACAGUCAAUGAUUAUGAUUAUGAACGCCUGGCUUAUAAAAUAAACCUUUCACUUGGCAGAUAGGAGUUUUUCCUGACUUGGAAGAAAUUAUCACACGCCAUGCUUAUGAUUCUGACUGCGGGAAGCAUGUGGCCAGCAGCAUAAGACAUAUUGUGAAAAAGUCCAGUGUAACUCAGACUCUGAAAGGAAUUCUUACAGCUGGAUUCUCAAAGUCUAUCAAAUAUGCUCUCAACAAAGUAUUUAAAAAACUGAAAAGCAAAUAGAGUAAUGCUCCCUUGUGUUUUACUUUAGCUGUUUGCAUGAAGAUUUUUACGUUUUGUACGUUUUUUGUUGCUUAAAAAAGUAUUGUUAAAUUAAAAGUAAAUAAUCUCAAGCCAAAAUGCAUGAAUCCAAUACAAAAGUGAAAACUAUAUUUGUUAAGAAAUACAAUCAUAGGGGAAAUGGAGCCUCAUAAAAAUCAUUUUAUGGAUCAGCAAGAGCUAUGUCAUGGUAACAUUAAUGCAGUACAUGGAUGAGAUAAUUUUGAUUGAAAGUUAAAAUUUCAAUGGGUAAAGUUGUUAAUAAUUAUUGUUUAAACAAAUGUACAGAUUUUUUUAAUGGGGGGGGGGGGGUCGCUGUUCUGUAGUGGUACCACAGGCAUUUCAAUGUACCAGAUAAUAUACCCCUGAAGCCAUUUGCAAUCCACCUUGGCUCUCACUACAGGAAGUGAAAUAAACAAAUUGUUCAAACAUAUCUAGAAAUCUACAUGAUCCAUGUUUUGAGAGGUAAAGGAAUAAUGUUCGAAAAUUAUUUUUGAGUAUAGUAAAUUGUUUUAUCUUUAAUCAAGGAUAAAGCAGUUCAAAUUAGUUUUAAAACUUGAUUAUUUAUUUGUUGGGAAAAAAUUCAAUGAUUUUGUUUUUGUUUUUUUUGUUUGUUAUCUUUCCCCUGGAUUGUGCUUAAUUGUUAGAAAUUAUUCUUUAUUUGAAAUUGUUGUUGAAAAUUAUGCAAUGUUAAAAAAAUAUAUUUGUUACUGGACAAUUUCUUUUUUUAAAAAUAAAUUUGAUAUUUUAUUCUUAUAAACACAGUAACAAAUUAAAGGCUUAAGAUAUCCCAUUUAUGAUUGUCUUGGUUAAAACUUUUCUAUUGCUGGAGUAAAUUACUGAGAGUUCAGUCAGAUUUGGGUUAUAUAGCCAUCAUUUAUUAAUAUGUUAAAUGACAUUGAAUAUUCCUGCAUUAAAUCCCCCCAAGCGUUGCACAGAUGCCAGUACAUGGAUGCAGCAACAAACACAACCAGAACCAGAACAUUACUUGCAUUUCAAUACUUAAAGCAUGAUCAAAUGAAAAUGGUACCGGUAUCAAUAUUUAUGUUUUGUAGCAAAAUUAUGUGCAACAUACAUUCAUUCAGAACUAUUAUGUUCCUGACAUCAUUGCAACAAAAUCAAAGAAUGCAAAAGUUCUUAACAAUUCAGCCCGACAAUAAGUUAAAUUUAUAGUAAAUUUGUUUUUCUUAUUUUCAAUCGUUACUAGUAGGGAAAGUAAAAAUAAUAAGUAGGAUUUUGAUACCAACUUAUCACGAUUCUGUGUUGCCAUUGAUCUUUUUUUUUAAAUUUAAGUUUGGACCAACCUUUUGGGGUUAUUUUUUCCUCACUCACUUAGAGAAGAUCCACAUUAUUUACUAACUGUUGUUUUUUUAAAAAUAAUUUUCUAAUACAUAUGUAUUUUAUUUAUUUUUAUUUCUAAUCCAGUGUUAUCCCCAAACAAGUCAUAUAAUUUUCUGAUUAAAAAAAUGACUGAUCAUAAGAAUUUUGUUUUGCAUAAUUUCAAGUGCUCAAAAGUUCUAAAUGCUGGCUCAAAAGUUUCUAAAUGCAU